CAAGAAUAUUGGUGAAUAUCUCAAGUUCUCAUCCUUGGGUUGCUAAGCUUCACGAAUCAUCAUCGUAUGGUGUUUCUGGGUAGCAGCAAUCAUGCUCUUUCUUUCCUUUCAUCCUUCUCUGUUUCCAAAUUCAUAUUCUCGCUUUCACAUUUCCUCUUCUCUGCCCCCAAACUCCAACAAUGGCCAUAAUCAUCAACGCACUUCACCUUCUCAAGUUCCCAUCAAAUCCCCCACUCCUCCAUGGAUGAAGGUUCCUCUUCUUCUUCAACCCCACGAGCUCGUUGACCUCUCCAACCCCAAAUCCAAGAAGUUCAAGCCGGAAAAACACGAACUUUCUGAUAAAGCUUUGAUGGGCAAAGAGGUAAGAGGGAAGAGGGCCAUGAAGAAGAUUGUGGACAGGGUGGAAAAGCUUCACAAGACUCAGAAUUCAAAUGAAACUCGAGUUGAUUCCCUCAAUGUUGAAAACUUUGGAGGGUAUUUGGAAAUUUUGAAGGAAAAUGAGGAGGUUAGGAGUAAGGGGAGAAUGCCGUGGGAGAAGGAUGAGAAGUUUGGUUUUGUGAAAGUGAAAAGGGAAAAAGCUGUCACUGCUGCGGAGUUGACUCUUGAUAAGGCCCUGCUUCGAAGGUUGAGGAAUGAAGCUGCAAGAAUGAGAACAUGGAUCAAGGUUAAGAAAGCUGGUGUUACACAAGAUGUUGUGGAUCAGAUUAAAAGGACUUGGAGGAGAAAUGAGCUUGCCAUGAUUAAAUUUGAUAUCCCUUUGUGCCGGAACAUGGAUAGAGCUCGAGAAAUUGUUGAGACAAAGACUGGAGGCUUGGUUGUUUUGAGUAAGAAGGAUUUUCUUGUGGUUUACCGAGGAUGCAAUCAUCAGUUGACCACUAAAGGUUCUCCUAGUCUAAGAACAAACCAUUAUGAAAUGAAUAGGGUGGAAUUAGCUACCAAAGGUGAUAUUUGCCGGGUUGAAUCCAACCACAGUUCGAGUGAGACGCUGAGCUGGAAUGCUGAUCAUAAGGAUUCUAUAUCAACUGGCAUCCAAGAUGUGAAUUGUCAACUGGUCAAUGGAUCAUUGUAUGAGAGGGAAACUGAGAGAUUAUUGGACGGCUUAGGCCCUCGCUUUAUUGAUUGGUGGAUGCACAAGCCACUUCCAGUAGAUGCUGACUUACUUCCUGAAGAGGUUCCUGGAUUUCAGCCUCCAUUUCGGCUUUGUCCACCUCAUUCUAGUGCUAAACUAACUGAUUAUGAACUAACAUACUUCAGGAAGCUGGCUCAAUCUUUACCAACUCAUUUUGUCCUUGGAAGGAACAAAGGACUCAAGGGCUUAGCUUCAGCUAUCUUAAAGUUGUGGGAGAAGAGUCUUAUAGCAAAAAUUGCUAUCAAGUAUGGAAUUCCAAAUACUGACAAUGAAAUGAUGGCCAAUGAACUGAAGUGUCUCACUGGAGGAGUUCUGUUGUUGCGCAACAAGUUUUACAUAUUACUCUAUAGGGGAAAUGAUUUCCUUCCAAGAAGUGUUGCAUCUUUGGUGGAAAAGAGAGAAUUGGAGCUUAAAAGUCGCCAACUUCACGAAGAAGUUGCACGGAUGAAAGCAAUUCAAGCCUUUUCUCCUAUUGAUGAAGUGCCACUAGACACUAGUACAAGUGGAACUUUAACAGAAUUUAGGAAAAUCCAAACAAAGCUUGAGGAUACAAAAAGUGUAAACGUAGAUUCAAACAUUCAACUGGAAGCAGAAAUAUGUAGACUGGAGAAGGAAUUGAAAGAGGAACAGCGCAGAGCAUUCAUUCUUAACAAGAAAAUAAAGAGAUCAGAGAGGGAAUUAUCAAAGUUAAAUGCUGCAUGGACGCCUAGUGAGCAGGAUACUGACUUGGAAAUAAUGACAGAUGAAGAGAGAGAAUGUUUUCGAAAGAUAGGAUUGAAGAUGCAAAGUUCCUUACUGCUCGGCAGGCGUGGAAUCUUUGAUGGUGUAUUGGAAGGCCUACAUCAGCAUUGGAAACACAGAGAAGUGGUGAAGGUAAUUACGAUGCAGAAACUAUUCAGUCAAGUCAUCAACACUGCAAAAGUGCUGGAGACAGAAAGUGGUGGAAUUUUAGUUUCAGUUGAUAAACUAAAAGAGGGCCAUGCUAUUAUUAUUUACCGUGGAAAAAACUAUAAACGGCCUUCAAUAAAGUUAGCAAAAAAUCUUCUAACCAAAAGAGAAGCUUUGCGGAGAUCUCUUGAAAUGCAGAGAAUUGGAUCGAUGAAGUUUUUUGCUCAUCAGAGAGAGCAGGCAAUCUCUGAGUUAGAGGUAAAACUGGCAGACCUGCAGCAGAAAAAGGAAAUUGAGCUGAGAGAAUUUGCAAAUUAAUGCAUACAUGUCUAAGACAUUUAUCAUGCUGCAACUUCUCUCUAGUUGUCUUGUUGACAAUAGACAAGACAUGAGAAAUUUGACAAACAUUGUAGUAAGCACAGCAUGUUUUGCAAUUCCUUUCCAGAGAAUCGAAGUGGCACCUGCUGUAUGGAUCUGGAAAAUUUGAAACAACAGUUCUGCAUGUAGGAAAUCGCAUGCACAACCUGGAACUUUGAGCAAGGUAUAUUGUGAAAAUUUAUUUUUUUCCCGUUGCAGAAAUCAAGUGUUUACUUCAUGAGAGUGAAGUGCUUUUCACUUAUGUUCAACCACUAUCAUCUUUCUUUAAGUUGAAGCUGAAUCUUUUGAAGAGGCAUAGCUUGCAUGUAGAAGUUCAAAAAUACUUCUACAAGGUUGUUCUGACCAUGAAAUAUUCUAUAACAUUUAUAACAGAGAAACUUGACUACCUCUAGCAUACAAUUAAGAAGCUGCUUAAGAUGAAGGACACAUUACUAACAUUACGGACAUGUAUUGUAUACAACUUGUUAAAGCCACUGAAAUUUCUGGUGUCUUGGAGUAUUUUGUGAUUUGUCAUUUGUCAUUUUUAUUUUAUUCUUUAUGCAGUAGUUAUUGUGUUUUCAGUCUAAAGUGCAAUGAGUUAAGCUUUGUAAUUAAGUUGGGCGGGUGGCUCAUUAAGAUGUUACGUAGAAGUAACUUACGCUCUGUUUUGUAAGCCAUAUUGUAUCAGAAACAAAUGCAUUUUGCUGUAUGAAUGAAAACUUUUCACGUUUCUAAUAUCCAAAA